CAAAAUGUAAUGUGAUUAUCGAGAAAUGUGGUGUGAAAAUUCGAGAGAGAUCCAUAUUCCAAUGCAUUUUCUUCAUUGUUCUUCGUGUUAAUCUCAAUCCAAGCAUCUAGGGAUAGAAUAGAAUCUUCCUGUCCUCCUUGAAUAUUCUCUUUUCCAGCUUUCUCAUUGUUCCUUGCAGAGGGUUGUUUCAUAUACUAGUAGCUAUUUAUUACUUCGCACUUUAAAAAUGGCUGCAGCGCCACAAAUCUCUGAUCUAAACAUCGAUCAUAACAGUGAGGGCUCGAGAGCAUUGGAUCAAAGAGUGGGUGUUUGAGUUUUAGUUGUUUAAUGUGAUAGGUUAAAAUAAACCCUUUUUUUAAUUAAUCUGAACUAAAAUCAGGGACAUUGGAAAUUAGCUUGGUUCGUGACCAAACUUUGGAACUGGAUUCAAAAAUCCCAAAAGGAAAAGCUUAUUUUGACCCGUCAAUCUAGAUAUUCACAUCACAUUGCUUUCAGCUGACGGGAUCAAUUGCUUGACUCUUGAAGCUUGAGCUCAAAACACAACAAGACCUCCUUAUAUUCUACCGAUGCAAACCGUUUUCUUGUUAUUUGCUUCUUCAUGUUUAUGUGUUUUGUGAUUUGCCUUUGUAAAAAGCAAAGCUGAUAAUUUUACCUUGCUAGCAGACCACCCAACCCAAGACCCACUUUAGUUUUUCCAAUCUUUUUCCCUUUUCCCUUCUGUAUCAUCAUAUAUAUACCUAUAUAAAUAAGCCCGACAUUCCCCAACUCUUAUACUCAUCAUUCCAUUUGUUUCUUCUUCCUUAUCAUUGUCCUUGUUUCACUUUAUAGCUCAGAUCAUCAAUGGAGACAGUUGAAUUGAAGGUGGAGAUGGUUGGCAUACAUGAGAAGAAGCUUAGAAAAUGCCUGUCAAAACUAAAAGGAAUAGAGAAAGUUGAAGUGGAUGGUAAUAGCCAGAAGGUGGCGGUUACAGGAUAUGCACAUAGAAACAAGAUACUAAAAGCCAUUAGAAGAGGAGGUCUGAAAGCUGAUUUCUGGUCUGCACAAAAUGAGCUUCUCAAUGUUUAUGCAAGUGCUGCAAACUAUGGAAACUUUAGAUUCAAUAACUUCAACUUCUAGCUCUACUUCUUGGAUUAGGACUUUCUUUCUUUUCUAUAUUUUUGAUUCCCUAAUUAUAUGGGAUUUUAUUAUAUACCAAAGUUUCUGAUUUGUGUUUUCAUAUUUUCAGCUUUUACCUUUUUCUUUUACAAAGGAACCAUCACAUGUAAUGUUCAAUUCUUUCAUAUUCAUUGAGUGAAAUUCAAGAUUACCAAUUA